AUGCUGCUCUCCUCGGAGGAUUAUACGUGCGAACACCCAGACUAUAAAGUGCUCGUCUUUUCUCGCUCCCCGUUGGUGAUUUACAUUACCGACUUUAUCACCCCUGCAGAACGUCGACACUUCCUCGCUCUCGCCUCAGACACAUUCACGCGGUCCGCCGUCAUCGACACGACCGGUUCAACGUCCCACAACCAAGGCCGCACAUCCCAAUCGACCUCCGUGCCCCGCGACGCCGUAGUACGGUGCAUCCAAUCCCGCGCCCUCGCCUUCCAAGGCCUCCCGCCCAGCGCGGCGCAUCGGCUGGAACCGCUGCAGCUGGUGAAGUACGGCGUCGGGGAGCGGUACCACUUCCAUACGGACUGGUUCACGGACCCGGCGCAGGCGAGCGCCGCGCGGGGCGGGAACCGGGCUACGAGUUUCUUCGGGUACGUUUCCGUCUCGAAUGACACGGCGGGCGGGGGCACGAAUUUUCCUUUGCUCGAAGCGCCGUCUUAUGAUCACCGUAGCGCCGAGGAUGCGGAGUGGUGGUGCGGGAUUGUGGAUUGCGAUGCUGAGUGGGAGGAUGGGGUGACGUUUCGUCCGGUCGAGGGGAAUGCGGUCUAUUGGGAGAAUCUGGUCCCUGGAGGGCAGCAGGGUGAGGGCGAGGGCGAGCCUAGGACGUUGCAUGCAGGGUUACCUGUUCUUCGGGGGAGCAAGGUCGGGAUGAACAUUUGGACGAGGCAGGGGGAGUUGGGUGAGGAUAUCCGAGGGCCGGCUGUUUAG